AUGAUGUACGCUGUCUUUCUUUUCAUACCUGCCUGUCUCAAUUCACAUUCUCUCAUUCCUUUACGAUGUACGCUGUCUUUUUUUCAUACCUACCUGUCUCAAUUCACAUUCUCUCAUUCCUUUAUGAUGUACGCUGUCUUUCUUUUCAUACCUGCCUGUCUCAAUUCACAUUCUCUCAUUCCUUUACGAUGUAUCCUUGUCUUUUUUUUUCAUACCUGCCAAUCUCAAUUCACAUUCUCUCAUUCCUUUAUAUGUACGCUGUCUUUCUUUUUUCAUACCUGUCUCAAUUCACAUUCUCAUUCCUUUCUGAUGCUCGCUGUUUUUUCAUACCUACCUGUCUCAAUUCAUUUCUCUCAUUCCUUUCGAUGUACGCUGUCUUUUUUUUCAUACCUACCUGUCUCAAAUCACAUUCUUCUCAUUCCUUUUCUUGAUGUCAAAUCCAUUCUUCAUUUUUUUUUUCAUACCCACCUGUCUCAAUUCACAUUCUCUCAUUACUAUUUAUGUCGCUGUCUUUUUUUCAUACCUACCUGUCUCAAAUCACAUUCUCUCAUUCCUUUACGAUGUACGCUGUCUUUUUUUUUCAUACCUACCUGUCUCAAUUCACAUUCUCUCAUUACUUUACGAUGUACGCUGUCUUUUUUUUCAUACCUACCUGUCUCAAAUCACAUUCUCUCAUUCCUUUAUGAUGUACGCUGUCUUUUUUUUCAUACCUGCCUGUCUCAAUUCACAUUCUCUCAUUACUUUACGAUAUACACUUUGUCUUUUUCAUACCUACCUGUCUCAAAUCACAUUCUCUCAUUCCUUUAUGAAUUACGCUGUCUUUUUUUUUCAUACCUGUCUCUCAAUUCCACAUUCUCUUCAUUCUUUCGCUGUCUUUGUAAGCUGUCUUUUUUCAUACCUACCUGUCAACUUUUCACAUUCUCUCAUUCCUUUAUGAUGUACAUGUCUUUCUUUUCAUACCUACCUGUCUCAAUUCAUUCUCUCAUUCCUUUACGAUAUACGCUGUUUUUUUUUACACCUACCUGUCUCAAUUCAUUCUCUCAUUCCUUUUAUGAUAUACGCUGUCUUUCUUUUUUCAUACCUACCUGUCUCAAUUCACAUUCUCUCAUUCCUUCUGAUGUACGCUGUCUUUUUUCAUUACCUACCUGUCUCAAUUCACAUUCUCUCAUUCCUUUUACGAUGUGCGCUGUCUUUUCUCAUCAUUUCCUACCUGUCUCAAUUCAACAUUCUCUCAUUACUUUACGAUGUCGCUGUUUUUUUUUCAUACCUACCUGUCUCAAAUCACAUUCUCUCAUUCCUUUUUAUGAUGUACGCUGUCUUUUUUUUUUUUUUUUUUCAUACCUACCUGUCUCAAUUCAUUCUCUCAUUCUUUAA